AUGGAAGCAUGGAAUCACUUGGAAGAUAUUUUUCAGGACAACCAAAAUGCUCGAGUUGUCACUCUUGAGAAAGAAUUUUCUAACACUCGUAUGGAGGAUUUUCCCAAUGUCUCUACUUACUGUCAUCGUCUUAAGAUGCUUUCUGGUCAAUUGAGAAAUGUCGGCUCCCCUGUCAACAAUCAUCAUUUGGUCCUUCAGCUGAUCUCUGGUCUCCUAGAAACUUACCGCAGUGUUGCUACUUUGAUUCGCCAGAGCAACCCUCUUCUAGCAUUCUAUCAGGCUCGUUCCAUGCUCACUUUGGAAGAAGCCGAUAUGGCUACGAUGGAAAACACAGGCUCUCAUGCUUCUAUGCAUACCACUCAUUCGAAACCUACUGAAGACAUCUCUCAAUAUGACACCCCCCACACACACAACCGUUCUCGCUCCCGUGGCAACCAGGGUCGUGGAACGGGACGUGGUAACCGUAGUACACCUCAGUCUGGAGCUCCCAACGCUCCCUCACCUUGGUCCGCUCCUCCUUGGCAACAACAACAUCAGUACCCGACCUGGCAUAAGAAAAAUUAUUAUGGAUCCUUUGAGCGUUAUAAGGCUCGUCUUGUAGGUGAUGGCAGUUCACAUGUUGCAGGUGUGGAUUGUGAUAAGACUUUUAGCUCCGUGGUGAAACCCGCUACCAUUCGAACAAUGCUUACCAUUGCUCUCUCCAAAUCCUAG